AGCUCUUCACUUGCCCAUGAAAUAAUCCAUCUCCUUAAAUUUUUGUACUAUAAUAGACCUAACUUGAAAUAGUCACCAAAGCCACAAUGUGCUUGCUCACGAAAUCACUUUCCAAGUUAGUCCAAGCCCUGCUUAUUCUCAUAUUUCUAUCUUCUAUAUCUUCCUUCAUCAAUUCUUUUGCUUUUGUUGCAACUGCAGUCUGUGCUGAGGCGAAGAGUGAUGAACCAGCGAAAAGUGGGAAGGAAGCUGAUUCUCUCUUAAAAUGGAAAGCCAGUCUCGACAACCAAAGCCAAUCUAUUUUAGAUUCUUGGGUUGGCAGCAGGCCUUGCAAUUGGGUUGGGGUCACUUGUGAUACAUCUGGAAGUAUCACUAAUUUGAGCCUCAAUCAUUUAGGUUUGAGAGGUACGCUUCAUAGAUUCAAUUUUUCAGUCUUUGCCAACCUUUUAAGUCUUGAGAUUUCGAACAACUCAUUGCAUGGGAUCCUUCCAUCGCAUAUCUGUAACCUCUCCAAAAUUUACUUAUUAGACUUGUCCAGUAAUCAUCUCAUAGGAAAUAUUCCAUCUGAGAUAGGUAUGCUAAGUUCUCUUUCUGAGCUCCAUUUGUCACAUAACAAUCUCAUAGGUUUAAUCCCUACUUCCAUGAUAAACUUGGAAAAUCUAUCCAUUCUCUACUUGUGGGGUAAUAAACUCUCUGGUUCCAUACCUGUAGAGAUUGGGUUCUUAGAAUUUUUAAAAAAACUUGAUCUAUCAAGUAACGGUUUAACUGGUGCAAUCCCUUCUUCUAUUGGACACUUGAGAAAUUUAUCAAUUCUUGCACUUUUUGACAACAAACUCUCAGGAUCCAUUCCCCAUGAAAUUGGGUUGCUUAGUUCCCUUUCUAUACUCUCUUUGCAAGAAAACAAUCUCACAGGUUCAAUCCCUACUUCCAUAACAAACUUGGGAAAUCUAUCCAUUCUCUACUUGUGGGGUAAUAAACUCUCUGGUUCCAUACCUUCAGAAAUUGGGUUCUUACAAUCUUUGAAAAAACUUGACCUAUCAAGUAAUGCUUUAACUGGUGCAAUCCCUUCUUCCAUUGAAAACUUGAGAAAUUUAUCAGUUCUUGCACUUUUUGACAACAAACUCUCAGGAUCCAUUCCCCAUGAAAUGGGGAAGCUUAGGUCUCUUUCUGAACUCUCCUUGCAGUUAAACAAUCUCACAGGUUCAAUCCCUACUUCCAUAACAAACUUGGGAAAUCUAUCCAUUCUCCGAUUAUGGGGUAACAAACUUUCUGGUUUUAUACCUUCAGAAGUUGGGUUCUUAAAAUCUUUAAAAACACUUGACUUGUCAAGUAAUGUUCUAUCCGGACCAAUCCCUCCUUCCAUUGGAAAAUUGAGAGAGUUAUCAAUUCUUUACCUUUUUGACAACAAACUCUCAGGAUCCAUCCCCCAUGAACUUGGGAUGCUUAGUUCUCUUUCUGAGAUGUCUUUGCAGAAAAACAAUCUCACAGGUUCAAUCCCUACCUCCAUAACAAACUUGAAAAAUCUAUCCAUUCUCUACUUGUGGGGUAAUAAACUCUCUGGUUCCAUACCUUCAGAAAUUGGGUUCUUACAAUCUUUAAAAGAACUUGACCUAUCAAGUAAUGCUUUAACUGGUGCAAUCCCUUCUUCCAUUGGAAACUUGAGAAAUUUAUCAAUUCUUACACUUUUUGACAACAAACUCUCAGGAUCCAUUCCCCAUGAAAUAGGGAAGCUUAGGUCUCUUUCUGAACUCUCCUUGCAGUUAAACAAUCUCACAGGUUCAAUCCCUACUUCCAUAACAAACUUGGGAAAUCUAUCCAUUCUCCGAUUACGGGGUAACAAACUUUCUGGUUUUAUACCUUCAGAAGUUGGGUUCUUAAAAUCUUUAAAAACACUUGUAUUGUCAAGUAAUGUUCUAUCCGGACCAAUCCCUCCUUCCAUUGGAAAAUUGAGAGAGUUAUCAAUUCUUUCCCUUUUUGACAACAAACUCUCAAGAUCCAUCCCCCAUGAACUUGGGAUGCUUAGUUCUCUUUCUGUGAUGUCUUUGCAGAAAAACAAUCUCACAGGUUCAAUCCCUACCUCCAUAACAAACUUGGAAAAUCUAUCCAUUCUCUACUUGUGGGGUAAUAAACUCUCUGGUUCCAUACCUUCAGAAAUUGGGUUCUUACAAUCUUUAAAAGAACUUGACCUAUCAAGUAAUGCUUUAACUGGUGCAAUCCCUUCUUCCAUUGGAAACUUGAGAAAUUUAUCAAUUCUUACACUUUUUGACAACAAACUCUCAGGAUCCAUUCCCCAUGAAAUAGGGAAGCUUAGGUCUCUUUCUGAACUCUCCUUGCAGUUAAACAAUCUCACAGGUUCAAUCCCUACUUCCAUAACAAACUUGGAGAAUCUAUCCAUUCUUCGGUUGUUUUCUAACCAGCUCAAUGGUUCCCUACCUUUGGGAUUCAAUAAUCUUACUCGUUUGAAGUCAUUGCAAUUGUUUGGAAAUGAGUUCACUGGUCAUUUGCCAGAAGAUGUAUGCCUUGGAGGGUUACUUGUAAAUUUCUCUGCUUCCUUUAAUCAUUUCUCAGGUUCGAUCCCCAAAACCUUGAGAAACUGUACUAGCUUAUUCAGACUUAGGCUUGAUUGGAAUCAAUUAACAGGGAACAUUUCAGAAGAUUUAGGGAUAUACCCACAUUUGAAUUACAUGGAUUUGAGUAACAAUAGAUUGCAUGGGGAGCUUUCAGGGAAAUUGGGACAGUGGAAAAACAUCGCAAGCCUAAAAUUUUCGAACAACAAUAUCUCUGGUAGCAUACCACCCGAGCUUGGAAAUGCUACUCAAUUGCAUUUGAUUGACCUUUCAUGGAAUCAUUUGCAAGGGCAAAUUCCUAAAGAAUUGGCGAAGUUGAAGCUAUUCAAAAUUUGUCUUAGUAAUAACAAUCUUUCUGGUAUUGUUCCUUUAGAUUUCAAGGGGCUAUCCAAUCUGGCUGAACUUAAUUUGGCAGCAAAUAAUCUAAGUGGUUCAAUUCCUGGACAAUUUGGAGAACUUUCAAAUUUAUUGUUCUUGAAUUUGAGUUAUAAUGAAUUUACAGGCAGUAUUCCGCAUGAGUUAGGAAGUCUACAUUUUCUAGAAGUUCUUGAUCUUAGUCACAAUUUGUUGAUGGGAAAUAUGCCACAACAACUUGGGCAACUGAGAACUCUAGAAGUGUUGAAUCUCUCUUAUAACAUGCUUUCUGGUCUGAUUCCAACCACUUUUGAUGAUUUGUGGGGCUUGACUGCUGUGGAUAUAUCCUACAAUGAGUUAGAAGGUCCUAUUCCUAAUGUUAAAGCCUUCCGUGAGGCUCCCUUUGAGGCAUAUAGAAACAAUAAAGGCUUAUGUGGCAAUGCUAGUAGUUUAAAGGCUUGUACAUCUAUCGAAAGUGGUAAAAACACUCGGACAAAGAGCAAAAAAGUUGUCAUUCUGAUUGUACUUCCUGUUUUAGCCACUCUGUGUCUGGCAUUCUUGAUUGGAGGUCUCCUGAUUCUUCUUCCACUUAGGAAAAGAAAAGCCCAGUCAAAAAAUACAGAUAUGUUGGUGAUACCUGGUCAUGAUCAGGAAUUACAGUAUGAAAAUAUCAUUGAGGCCACUGAGGAUUUCAACUCCAACUAUUGCAUUGGAGCAGGUGGAUGUGGAGUCGUUUAUAAAGUUGUGCUGCCAUCAGGUCGAGUGUUUGCCGUUAAAAAACUUCAUCCAUUACAGGAAGACAAGUCAAGCAACUUGAAAGCUUUCGAAAGAGAGAUUCAAGUGUUGUUAGACAUUCGGCAUCGAAAUAUUGUGAAGUUACAUGGUUUUUGUUUGCAUUCAAAGCACUCUUUUUUGGUUUAUGAGUUCGUGGAAAGGGGGAGUCUGAGAAGCAUUUUAGCCAGUGAAGAGCAAGCAUCAAAAUUAGAUUGGAUCAAAAGGCUAAAUAUUGUCAAAGGGGUGGCCAAUGCUUUAUCUUAUAUGCACCACAAUUGCUCUUUUCCAAUCAUUCAUCGGGACAUUUCCAGCAAUAACAUCCUUUUGGAUUUAGAAUACGAGCCUCGCAUAUCUGAUUUCGGCACAGCUAGGCUUUUAUUGCCCGACUCAUCCAACAGAACCUCAUUUGCUGGUACCUUUGGAUACAUAGCUCCAGAAUUAGCCUACACAAUGCAAGUGAAUGAAAAAUGUGAUGUCUAUAGUUUUGGGGUGGUAACACUGGAGUUAGUAAUGGGAAAACAUCCAAGCAACCUCAUCUCAUCUCUUUGGUCAUCUACAUCUUCCUCAUCACCGAAUGAUCAGCAUAAAUUGUUAAAGGAUGUGAUGGACCAACGUCUUCCACUUCCUCAAAAUCAAGUCGCAGAGGAUGUUGCCUACAUUACCAUGUUAGCAUUUUCAUGCUUGCAUAUCAAUCCCAAAUCUCGGCCUACAAUGCAACAAGUUUCCUUGAAGCUGAUUCCUAAGUGUCCUCUAAUUUCAAAGCCAUUUUCCACAUCAAAAUUAAAAGAAUUGUUUCUCGAAAGUAGUGCCAACAUUUGAAUAUUUUCUUCCAGGUCUGUAUAGGUGUGUCUGUCGAGUGUUCCUUUCCUUUCAUAUUUUCUCCCUUUGCAAUAUAUUUCUUUGGCUUGUGUUUCAUUGUAUUAACUAGCUAGUGCUAGAUUUAAUAGUUGAUUUGCCCCACGUGCUGUGGUGCUAAUGAUUUUAUUUUAGAAUCUAACUCUAAAAUUGCAGUGUCCUGGAUUUUAUAUCCAAAUAAUGCUCCUUGGCAUCUAGCAGCAAUCGUAAAUUCCAUUGUUAAUAAUCUGUCAACUCUACUGCAUGUGGUGAUCCAA